AUGGGAAGCAUACUACCUUCUGUUGAUACCUACAAGAAGCCCUUCAAAACACCGUGGAUUGAAACACCACUCAUCGAGUCAGCCAGCCUUUCCCGAGCGGCUGGUUGCAGGAUCUUCUUGAAGCUAGAGAAUGUCCAACCAAGCGGCUCAUUCAAAUCCCGUGCUAUGGGCAACCAGAUCCUAUCCCACCUUCACAAACCAGAGUAUGCCAACUGUCGAGUUCACUUUUACGCGUCAUCGGGUGGAAACGCCGGACUGGCAGCUGUAUGUGCUGCCCGGAGUCUAGGCUACCCCUGCACAGUCGUGGUGCCGAUGUCAACGAAGCCCUUGAUGAUUGAGAAGCUCCAUGCAGCUGGUGCUGCGGACGUUAUCCGCUAUGGCGAGACAUUCUUUGAGGCUGGCUCAUACAUGAGAGAUGUUAUAAUGCAGAACAGUUUCGGCGAUGACGAGGAUAUCGCCAAGAUCGCCCUCCACCCCUUUGACAACGAGCCCAUCUGGCAAGGAAACAGCACUAUAAUCGAUGAGCUGGAGGCACAGCUCCCGCCUGCUGCCAAUAACGACGAAGAAAAAGUUUACCGCGGACGUGCACUUCCCCUCGACGCGCUUCUGUGCAGUGUUGGUGGCGGUGGUCUUCUAAACGGCCUCGUCAUGGGUCUUGAGAAACGUCGUUCUUCAAAACAUAGCGGUAGCUCUAACAACAGCCACUUUUACCUGGACACAAGUUCAUCUACAGAAUCUCGCUCUACAUCUACAUCCACCCAGCCCGGCCCUAUUCACAUUCUCGCCAUCGAAACUGCAGGCACUGACUCUCUAGCUGCCUCAAUCGCCAAUAAAUCGCUCGUUUCUCUUCACAAAAUCACGUCUCAAGCUACGUCACUCGGUGCACUCCGUGUAUCAGAAACCACCUUCCAAUACGCCACUGCCCCUCCGCCGGGAAUCAAAGUUCACAGCGCCGUACUUUCCGAUGCAGAUGCUGCGAGGGGUGUGCUGCGGCUUGCGGAUGAUGAACGUCUUCUCGUGGAGCUGGCAUGUGGAGUCUGCGUUGAGGCAGCUAUUGGCGAUGCUUCUAUUGCUGGAAUUUCUAAAAAGCGGAAGAGGAGUGCGGAUGACUCUCACUCACAAAAGGAUGAAGGUUACGGGGAUGACCGGUGGUCAUCGAUGGAUGAAACUGAUCCUGAGUCUGAGGUGCAGGAUGAUGAUGUCGAGGCGAAGUUACCUGCUCUCAAGUCUAAGUUGAAGCAACUUGUUCCGGAUCUUAACUCCCAAAGUAGAGUUGUUAUUGUUGUUUGUGGUGGAAGUAAUGUUACUAUUGGUAUGGCUGGUGAAUAUCGGAAAUUACUAUCCGAAGGAUGGGUUUAA